AAUGAUGAUAUUUUCUAGUCGUGUCUGACUGUACAAUUGUCACUUUUUGUAUAUACCUUUCCCUUGUUUAUGUCUGUCCUGUCUGUUCGCUUGGGGGUUUUCUGUUGCAUAUCAAGCUGAAACUUGCUGUGUAGAGAAUAUUCUUUGUGGGCUUUUCUGGAUCAUGCAACAAUUUUAAUCCAUUUCAAUUACCUCUUGCAGGAGUUUUGCCCCUUUAUUUAAAAUUUGAUGUUAUAUGGAGGGUACAUGAUUUGACAUCUAACUUCUGCCAGAGUUUCAAGUAAACAAAGAUUAAACGUCAAAACAAUCCCGGUUUCUAGAACUGCUAAAUAUAAAUUUAAUAACAAUUGGGCUUUCCGCCUCCUGGUAUUAAAUCUCCUAUAAAAGUGUUUGAUUGACACCUGUUACCUGCCAUAUAUACCUGACCAGGUAAACGAUUGGAUAAACGUGUGCUCCUUGAUCAAUUGCUUGAUGUUACAUUUUUCUAGCGCUAUUUAAUAUUAACCAUAAUGCCGCCUACUGCUGAAUCUUUAUUACUGCAAAGGAGACCCGUUACAGGGCAGAACAGGGUAACCUCACAGUUUCUGCCCCAUGCCCCCUCUUCUGAUUUUCCCUCCAGCUCUCAUUUCAACCAGCAUCUGCUGAGAGAUACUGCAAAUAUGCGCAUGAAGAUGUCCGCAGAGGGAGAACUCUCAAAUGGUUCAGAUUUGGAUGUGGGAGUCCAGUUUUUCCACAAGGAACCUUGCCUUUACAGCCACCAAACCUUCACCAAUGCCAGCAAGAUUUUCUUUACACUUAGACAUGAGAGCUUGGAAGAGAAAGAGAAUCCAUAUAUGAAAAGGAAAAAUAAGCAAGCCUUGACAGAGAAAGUGCAAGAAAUUCCCCAUCUUCACUUCUUGAAUGACCAGGAGAAAAGAUUGGCAUUUGAAUUGGCAUUUUCUACCCUUAAAUACCAGCAGCUGUUUGAAGAGAUCCUUCAGGACUGUGCCUUUUAUUCCACAUACCCAGAGUUUCUGGAGGACAGUGGCCUUGUGAUGGUGAUACUCUGUGAUUUUCAAGGCCGAAAAUUCCAACAGAGAAGUCCCCUUCCAGGGGAGACGGUGCUCCCAGACAUCCUAGAGAUAGAGCAGGCAAUUCUGGAAUGCAAGACCCACCUGAAUGCUGCCCUUGCCAGACAUAGAAUUAAGGCGGAGGCCCCCUCCUUAGACCAUCUCCUCCCAGACACAGUGAGGAGCAAGGAGGAACUAAGGUCCACCAUGCCAGUGUAUGGCUGGGUCAACCACAGGAGGUCAAACAUGUCCGAGGUGCUGGAUUCCUUGAAAGACGAGAGCUACAGACUGGUCAGCUCCGACGACAUGUUGGAAGGGAAAAUGCUCUGUGUUGACUCCUUGUGUCAUGACGUACUGAGGUUCUCUCCUGAGUGUGCCAGGGACUUGCUAAAAAAUCACCUUGUUACUGCAGGGAAACUAGUUCUUCAGGACAAGUCUAGUAGUAUUGCCCCGCAUUCAGUGAAGUACCUUGUAGGAGAGGAUGCUGAUAUGAUUCAUGUCAAUGUUGGGUCGGGAAUGACCACCGCUCACAUUGCUAGCUUGUUAGGAGUAGACAGUCACAAUCAUAUCUGGGCUUUUGGUGCUCAAAACCCCACAGAAGUUCGAGAUAAUAUGGAGAAACUUGGGGUAAAAGGUGUAAAAGUGAUGACUGAGAACUUUCUGAAUGUCGACCCUGAGGACAACAGAUUUAAGAAUGCUAAAGUCAUCCUUAUCACAGCAGACUGCAGCAAGUCUGGCAUCACCAACCCAAUAGACUUCAUAGUCAAUGAGGGGGAAGAUAUGAAAAUUUUGAAGGAUUUGUCUAUUGGAGAUACGGACAUAAGUAAACUUGGAGACUUUGCAUUAAAACACACAGAGCUUUUGAAGCAUGCCCUAAAAUUUUCCAAGGUGCAGGCUAUUGUGUAUAGCACAAGAUCUAUCCAUGAUGUAGAGAAUGAAAAUGUGGUGUCUAAGGCAGUGGAGUUCAUAAACCUGGUACAGCAGAGAAAAUAUCCAUACAGAGUUGUUCCCCCUGUCAUUCCAUUCUCUAGUGAAGCAAUAGACAAUAAAAUAGGAAUCCAUGGCAAGUUCAUUAAAUUCCAACCAACAGAAAAGACAAGUGGAUGCUUCAUUGCUGUGGUCACUAGAGAGCCUGAAGAUUCUAAAGAAGCAGCCAAAGAUGUUCUUGCCAGAGCUCAAGCUAAAGGUCUUUUGAGUGGAAAGAAAAGAAGCAAGGUGCAGGUGUCUGAAGUCCAGGAGACUGGUCAGAUGGACAACCUGGUUAAUGGACACACCAAGUCUGAGAAGCUGCUGACCAGACGGUCCAGGCGACCAGAACAGAGGCUCCUCCUACGCAGUGCUGUGUCUGCUCCUCAGACCUCUAGUCCUGUCCACUCGUACAUCCACUCCCCAAUGCAGGCCCGUCGAACAGUAACCCGUCCCAGUGGGGUCGCAGUGGGGGCACGGCUCUUUAAGGAGGGCUCUAAAAGAGAGUCGCCUGUCAGGAAGGAUAAAGCUAUGGUCGCGGAGCACCUCAAAGUUAUCAAACAUCCAGCACCUUUCAGCCCCCAAAAGCAUGUUCAGGUAAAAAAAAAUCAUUGCUGCAUGAAAUCAAAAGCUGUAAAACAAGCUUCUUCUACUGGCUUGCAAAUAAAAAUGUAAUUCUGUAUGCAGAAAUCUUUCAUAUUUUUGUAAACAAAAAAGAAAAAGGCCUAUGCUAAGGCAGCUCAUACUGUUAUAUUGCCUGCUUCUGAUAUAUAUCUGGAGAUCUUCCAUAUUUUGCCUCAACUUUAUCUUUCUUCUGAUUUUUGCCAAUUGCAAAAUCUUAAUGCAUUCAUGAUAUUAUGUUUUCCUUUCACAACAGUCGUAAAAAGCUCAAGAAGGGCAAGAAGACUAGGUAAGCUUCGUAGCUUCCACAGACAACCUUGACCUUGCAUGUUCAUGAACAUAAGUAGCAGGACAGAAUGCCAACACAUCUAGGUACCUAGACUGUUGAAUUAGAACAUGCACCCACUUAAUCCAUGAGGGAUUGUAAUGUAGAAAAAGUAAGAUAUUCAAGCAUUGUAUUGCAUUAUUACUGCAGCAUGUUGGGAGUGAUUUAUCAUUACCUGUCAUUAUCACAAAACUGCUCUUGUGCAUGCGUUGCAGGAGGCCAGCUCUCAGCACAGGAGCACCUGUCGUUUCAUAAUUAUCAAACACAAUCAGUGGAGGCAAACAACUUUAUCAAGGGUUUAAAUUAAUGUUGGUUUAAGGCAUGCUUUUUCCCUGUUUGGUGCAUUUUAAAUUGAUUAGAGUAUGAUGUAUGCUUUCACUAAACAUGCUUUGUUAUUUUCAUAAAUUGAAUGGACAUUGUUAUUCGGAUGUGCUCUUGCACAUAGACAAGACUGUCGUUAAUACCAGUUAAUACCUCAUAGAAUGUAUGUAAGUCACUUAUUCAUCCUUUGAAUAUUUAAUCCAGGGGUGCCUAGCAAUCGGUUAGAUUUAAACAAUCCAUUUGAAUGGAUUCUGCAUUUUCCAAUGAUGUGAUUUUAUUAAGGAGAUUAAAUCGAUACAUCUAUUCAUAUUUCCAUUAAUUACUCAAAGGUAUUUAGAAAGUUAAGAGAAUCGCGGUCACACACGGAAAAUCAAUUGUGCAAUGUUAAAUGUAUGAUGCAGUGAGAGGUUGAGUGCCAUAUAAUGUGUAUUCUUUUAUUUGUGUUUUUAUGAGUGUGUAAACUGAGAUUAGCCAGUAUCCAUGCACAGAUCAGAUGUAGAAAAUAUUAGUGCAAUUAAUCCAACUCCUGCCGGCCCUCCCGGGGCUUCUGUGCUUAUUUUUCAUGUUGUACAUAAAUGUUUGAACAUCUGUGAUACAUUUGUAAAUAUGUAUUGUUAAUUGUUAUUGAUAGAAGUAAAUUAUUUAUAACAUAC